GCGGAAGUCCAAAACGUCUGGAGAGGGAGCAAAGUUUGGGAGCCCAGCUGGGGAGGGGCCAGGCCUUGGGGGGCGCUCUGUCCAUUCUUCCUGCCCCUCCCAAUUGCUGGGGGCGGAGGGAGAGAGGGGCCGUCCUUCUUGGAGGGGAUUCCCUUUGGCCUCUUAUAAGGAGGGGAGCAGGCGGAGGCCGGGGCUACUUGGCAGCUGGGAUAUGGGGCGGAGAAGGGGGCUCUUCUGGCCGGCCCUGAUGCUGCUGAUGCUGCUGGGGCUGCGGGGGGCCCGAGGAGGAGGAGGAGGAGGGCUGGGGCUGGAGAGCCUGGCACUGGAUCAGGGGAGGGACUGCAAUGCCACCCACUACAAGCAGAGCCAGUGGUGCUGCAGGAAAUGCCCCCCAGGCCAGAAGGUGCGCACAGAGUGUUCAGGGACUUCGGGGGACACCGUCUGUGAGCCCUGCGAGGGUCAGCACUUCCAGGCCAGCUGGACCAAGGAGAAGUACUGCACCCCACACGGGGAGUGCAGCGAGAACGCCGGUUUGGUGGUCCAUGCGCCCGGGUCAGCCACACGGGAUGUCAAAUGCCGAUGCCGCAACGGCACCCACUGCUCCAGCCACGAGUGCCACACCUGCAAGAAGAACACACCAUGUGGCCCUGGCCAAGGGGUCAAGCACGAAGCCACCCACGAGCGCGACACCAUCUGCAAGGACUGUCCGGACGGCUCCUUCUCGAACGCCUCAUCAACCACUGCCCGGUGCCAACCAUGGAGCAGCUGUGAAGACCAAAAUCUUGUCCAGAAAGAGAGUGGGACACCAUCUUCGGAUGUAGUUUGUGAUUUCCGUCUCCCUCCCCAUAGAGACGCUGAGAGGACCCACCUGCUGGCACUGCUCCCCCUAGCAGCCAUCCUUCUGCUGGGGGGCAUCUUCAUUCUCUGGUAUUGGCAACGACGACACAAGGGCCUCCAGAAGCCACAACCCAACCAGGUCCAGCAGCCAGAGGAGGAUGAACUCAUGGAGGAACGCCUGGCCUUGCCCAUUCCAGAGACGCUGGUGGGCGGGCAGCCGGUGGCCCAGGAGGAUGGCAAGGAGAGCCACUUGGCCAUCCAGGAGAAGGCCUGAAUGGAGCCAGGGGUCUUCCUUGCCCACCCAGGAGGCAGCAGCGGCACCACCAUCGCCCAAGAACAAUGCCGCCGCUGGGAAUUUUGGACCUGGACCCUCCCCUGGGGGCCUUUUUCAUGCAAAGCCUCGAGGGAGCAUUGCUUCCCAUCACCCACAUCAAAGAGGGAGCUGCAAGCAACGGGGCCUGACAGUCAGUGUCCCCAAAGCGCCAGAACAAGUGGAUGCAGAGGAGGAGAAGGCCUUUAGUUGCAAGGACUGAUGCUAUUAGAGGGGGGUGGCUCAAGGGAAGGGGGUCAGAGAAGCCUUUUCCCCUUCUGGCUGGUCAGGGGGCCUGGCGCCAUUUAGCUCAUCCAUGGCCCCUUCUCUCUGGUGGCCCACAACACAUCUUUUCUGGGAGGCCGCAUGGAGCUGGGUGGGGUUUGCGAGGGAGACCUCCACCCAGUUGCAGCUGGUCAGCAGGGGCCUCCAGUGGUCCAGUGGAGAGACCUACCUCCUCCUCCUUCCCCCCAAGUGGAGAGACAGGGCUUGCUGGAGUGGCCCCACAUUUUGCAAAUAGAUGUGGGGAAGGAAGAGAGGCCCCUUGGCCUGGGGACCCAGCAAGACCCCUUCCUUCCUUCCCUUCUGCCCUGGGUCUCGGGGAGUCCUGCAAAUGUGACCCACUGGCCUCUUGUAUCAAACGCAACCAAUUACAGGGUUUCACUGCCAGCGCUUUGCUGUGUCUGCUCCCUUGUCUGCCUUUCUCUGUGUUAAAUAAAUAGAUAUAUUUUUUAUUUUGGCAAAGC